GCCAAUCAGGGAGCGGCAAGAUGGCGGCGCAAAUCGGCAGGCGGCUUGACCCCGAGCGGCUGCUGUACUUCGGGAACAUGGCAAGGUUUUUUCUGCAAGACCAUCCCCUCAGAAUAGUUGACAGAAGAGUGUAUUUAUUUAACUCUACCAAGAUAGGUCACAUUCUUGGGCCUAUACUGUGCAGUCACUACUCAUCCAGUGCAUGCACCAACCACAAGUACACGCCACGGAGAGCUGUGCUGUACGUGCCUGGCAACGAUGAAAGGAAACUCCAGAAGAUCCCCAAUCUUCAUGUAGAUUGUGCUGUGCUGGACUGUGAAGAUGGAGUAGCAUUAAACAAAAAGGACGAGGCGAGGCAGACAAUUGCAAAGAUGCUGAGUCAUUUUCCCGUGGCCCGCACGGACCUGUGUGUUCGGAUCAACUCUGUCUCGAGUGGCCUUGCCGAGCUCGACAUGGAAGCCAUCUUACCCUCUAAAGACCGCCCUCCGACCUUGAUGCUCCCCAAAGUUGAAAACACCGAAGAAAUAAAAUGGUUUGCAGACAGAUUUGUAAAAUACUCAAAGGGCCGGGCAGCAAAGGAGCAAAUGAAUCUCAUCACUUUUGUGGAGACUGCAAUGGGUUUGCUGAAUUUGAAGGAUGUAUGUGAAGAAGCACAACGCCUAGGAACAUCUGCUGGUUUCCAGCUUGAUGGAGUGGUAUUUGGAUCAGAUGAUUUCUGUGCCAGUAUAGGUGCCACACGAACAGAAGAUGCUCGGGAGCUUCUGUACGCAAGGCAGAAGGUUGUUGUAACAGCAAAGGCAUUUGGCCUGCAAGCCAUAGACCUGGUUUAUAUUAACUAUAAGGAUGAUAAGGGCCUAAGUGUGCAAUCGAGAGAGGGUGCCCUGAUGGGAUUCACAGGUAAACAAGUGAUCCACCCCAAUCAGAUUCCAAUUGUGCAAGAAGCCUUUUCUCCAAGUCUCGAGAACGUGAAAUGGGCUUGUGAACUGAUUGAGGCAUUUGAAGAACAUCAAAAACUGGGAAAGGGAGCCUUUGUUUUACACGGAAAUAUGAUCGACAUGCCUUCUCUGAGACAAGCACAAAACAUCGUCACACUGGCCACAGCCAUCAAGGACAUGUGAAAGCUCAAAGAAAUGUGUUUGUGCCAUAGAUCACUGAUGGAUGCAAUGGGGCAGAAGAGAACAGAGAGUGAGAGAGAGAAACUGAAAUGUGUGAAAUAUUAUGGAGGUCACUGGAACACUGAUUAUAUUUUAACAAUAUGCUAAAUGAAGGCCUAUACUAUUGUGAAUUAAAAUAAACAUAUUUAAUCUUUCUGGUGCUGUCAUCAUAUGAGAUUGUUUGGAGCUGGCAUUCCUACUGAGCAUGGAACUAAACCCCAGUUUCUUCGUACUGUACUGUUCGGGUUAAUGAAAUUGACGAUGCCUUAGUAAUUUUUGCAGAUGUAGCGAUUAGAAUGAGAGUGCUGCAGAACUUCUGUGGACGUCUGUUCGUUUCUGCAUCUGACUUCAGAUCACUACUUCUGAUCAGAUGUGUCAGCUGGUUACUAGCCUGGGAUGCAAGGUUGUUUGACUACAGGUUUUCCCAUCUUUUAGUUGGAUGAUACAAACAUGAUAAUUGGAUAUAUAAACAUUACAAAGAGCCAGAUUGGCAAUACUCUGAAUUAAAAAUGUAUUUCUUAGCGUUGGGAGCUUCAGGAAGUUAAAGGCUUACAGAAUUAUUGUUUUUAAUAUACUUGACCCUGCCUCUGAGCCAUCACAUGAGCCAUUGCUGCAUCUAUACAUAGAAAUUGUAAAUGUACUUUCAUAUUCCUUAAAAUAUGUUUAAA